UUCAUCGGUAACGUCUCUUUCCGUCCAAAGAAGUCUUUUAAAUUUCACAAAUCUUUGAAGAUGUUUGAACAUUAAUAUAUGGCACUGCGAGGUCUUAAGUUUGAUCGUUACCUUUUCCUAGAGAAUAGGAUUCUCCUACUUCCGUUGAUGCGUUCAGUGUGAAAAGCGUGUUAUCGCGGGAACUGUCCCUUUCGCGAUAUUUCCCGCGAAUAAGAUAUCAACGUCUCAGCUUUUAGAAAAAUUGAUUCAAGCCGAGAAUAUGUUCCGUGCGGCCUGUGUAUGCAAGGGAAUGUACACACAGUGGCCCGCAGGUUCUUGAACUUGCCUGACGAUCUGUUUCCAUGCCAGGUGGGGACCGGGAUCGCCGGUCGGCAGGAGACGUCGUCACACCUCGCUCAUCCUCCGCAUCGUCAGGACGUUCAUUGCUCGCCACACGCCACGGGAAUCGUUUUUUUUUCUUUUUUUCUUAUCGAAAGCCGUCGCAGUCCUUUCAUUUAACUCGCGUGGAAUUGCACCGCUCGGCAACAACGAAUCUUCUUGAAUCCCUGGAACCACCCUGCGUGACUCGACGAAACGGAAAUCGUUCGUUAGAAAAGUAUCUUCGAUAUACAGGGUGAGUCACCUAAAGUUAGAACCUAAAAUAUCAUCGUUACACUUAAUAACAAAAAGAACAAAAUUAUAAGGAACAAAAAUAUUCUACUCGAAGUGGCUAACAUAUUAUGAUUUCAUCGUGGUAAUAUUUUCAAAGAUUCCGGGGUCGAUUUUUGUCUUUAAACGAUACAUGUUUUUGUUAAAGUGAAAAAGACAGUGAUUUCCAGUUUAGUCGAUACAAUGAAAAAUAUAACUAAUCAAAAUAUAACAUUUUUACCACAAUGUUAGUUCGAAUUGAAUAUUUUCCUCCUUGUAAAGUUCUCUUCCCAUUAAAAGCAACUGAGAUAUUUUAGGUUUUAGCCUGAACUCACUCACCCUGUACGUUUGCACCGAUAAUCGCGACGCAUAUCGAUGCUAUCGAUCAACAUGAGAGUCUUCAAAACGGUGCUGCUUCUCGUCGUGUUCAUCUCGAGUAGGGUCGAGUGCUUACCGGUUGCGAACGAGACAACGAUCGUGGAUCCGACAACUGUGCUGCCGAGUUCCUCGGACGUCGAUCAUUACGAUCAACGACAGAACGGAACCGAGAAUUUCCGUGUCCACGUGGACGGUGUGGUAUUCGUGUUCGCCCCCGUCGAAGCGCUCCUCUUAGCUAAUGCUGUUGGUAACAAGCCUAACUUACCGAUACCUGAUCCGUCCAAGCCGACUCCGGAUAAACCGGAAAUCGGGCAGAAACCUUCAGCGGCGCCUAAGUCAGCAAACAGGAUCGGGUCACGUUUAACGAAUUUAUUGGCCCCAUUUUUGCCUGCAUUGCGCCGAGAGUGAAGAUUUAUAUAGACUAAACAGGAUAUAAGUAAACUGCAAAUUUUUAUGUUUUUAUAGCUAAUAAAGAUCUUCAUCCUAUCGCGAUUCCCGACUGAAAUGCAUAAGAAUCUGCAGUUUAGUUAUAAGGUUUCAUCAAUUCAUCGUUUGCAUCUUGAUAAUCAUGUAGCUUCCCCUUCUCAUCAAUAUUUUGCAUUAUAUUACUCUUGAGAGAGGUAACUGAACAAAUUGGUUAGCUUAAGGCAGUAUCUACGGUUCAUUUGUCAAUUAUGCAUACACACUCCUCUGUGGAAUAUAAUCCACUCUCAAACUUCAUGUAUACUUCCACGCACUCAAGGGUAAAAUGUACAAUAUACCCUUAUCGAAACGAAAUUUAUUUGAUUAAAAAUUAAAAUACAUUAUUCAUGAAUUCUUUUUGGUAUAUCAUCACAAUACUUUGUAUAAAAAAUGCUUAGGACUAUGCUCCUCAGAAUUUACAUUGUCUGGGUGGAAUCGUUUGUAACCUUCUAAAAAAUAAGGAAGGAGAGAAAACGAUCAUCACUUUCACACGGACUUUACAGACACAGUUUAUAAUAUAGUAAAUAACGUGUACUUCAAAGAAAGAAGAAAAGCUCGUAUUUUUCUCAUUUUAAUAAAAACACAAUCAGAAUAGAAGAUAAAGGUUCACAAUGGUCAUUUAUAUACAACGUCUUGAACUUACACGACGGAUCAAUUGUGAAUCAUGGAAGCGAGUACAAGAAUAUGUUCUUGAAAUAUA